UGACAUCGAUGAAGCGCUAUCAGCUGAGCUGACGGAAGAUAACGAAGUCGAAGGUCGCUAACAAUAAUACUACUUUUAAAACUCGUUUCGCUAUUGUACACGCCUCCCCAAAUGUUUAACCAACUUCGUCAAGUUGCAAGAGCAUUAAAAUCCAUUCCAAGUCAGAGUGCGACCAACUUUCAGCUCUGGAACCAGCCCACUACUUUUUGUCGCAGAUCUCUGUCCAACAUGCGGUUCGUCCAGUUCGAGGAGUCGGGCAAGUGCCGGGUGGGCGUGGAGGUAGAAGCUGGUGGUGAUUUUGUUGAUCUCUGCGGCUCGGAUCAGACGAUACCAGAUACAACCUUGAAACUGAUCGAAGGCGGGCCGAGCCUCAUACAACAGGCACAAAAGGUCGUUGAAUCUCCAGAUAGGCGUAUUUUGAAGAGGACCGAUGUGAAACUCUUAUCCCCAAUCACAGGUCCUCAGAAAGUGAUAUGUAUCGGUAUGAACUACAGAGAUCACUGCACAGAACAGAACUACCCAAUACCUACAGAACCGGUCAUUUUCAGCAAGUUUUCCAGUGCCAUCAUAGGUCCCAAUGACGACGUUGUGUACCCUGAGCUCACCGAUGCAUUAGAUUGGGAAGUGGAGCUGACGAUUGUCAUCGGAAAGGGUGGCAAGAAUAUCAAGGAGAGAGAUGCAAUGGACCAUGUAUUUGGAUACACCGUGGCACAUGACGUAAGCGCAAGAGAUUGGCAGAUGCAGAAGAAUGGCAAGCAAUGGCUUCUGGGUAAAACCAUGGACGACUUCUGCCCUCUAGGUCCUGCUAUCGUUACAACGAAUGCAAUAUCAGAUCCCCAUAAGUUAGGAAUCCGGUGUCGAGUUAAUGGGGAGACGGUGCAGGAGAGUAAUACAGAGCAGAUGAUCUUCAAAACAGCUUCCCUUAUUCAGUUCAUUUCACAGUUUAUCACGUUGGUUCCCGGUGAUAUUAUCUUGACUGGCACACCCCCAGGAGUGGGUGUCUUCAGGAAACCAGAACCCGUCUACCUCAAGCGUGGCGAUGUCGUGGAAUGUGAAAUUGAUGAGAUCGGGACGAUCAGGAAUCGCAUCGUGUGAGACCCCCAGUUUCAAGAUUGGACCUGCUCCGUAUGCACAGCACUUCGUCCCUCGUUAAUCAUUGACAUUGCAAUAUUUGUAAGACAACAUUUGUACUAUUAAAUUGAUCAUGUGAUCUAAAGGAAGUUUCAACAGUUUUUCUUUUGGCGGGGUCAUUCUGGAACAUCCUGAUGAUUUAGAGGAGCAGCGAGGUUGCCAACAGUUUUUCUUGUGUGCCUUUAUUUUCUAAAAUAAUAAAACAUUUAAGAAUGAGAAAAAUCUUUGCCCAUUAAAAUGCCUGCCUAUCUACAUUUAUCCUUUUUCAUCUUCAAUACUAUUGCUGAAAAUGAUUCAAAAUCAAAUUGCGCUGGUCACAUGGAAGUUGUGAGUAAAAUUUUGCAUAACUUUGAGAAAAGUUUUACAAGAGAACCCACUCAAAGCAGGUAACGAGGAGAGCGCAGGUGUUGAUGCCCCUAGCCUUGAUACCAGGAGCUAAGCUUUAUUUUGACCAUAUUUUAUCCAGGUCAUGUCUCGUGCUUGAACUUUGCUUUCAUUACAAGGAAAAACUAACAAUUCAGUCUGAAAUGUGAUUACAAUUCCAUUUAAUUGAAUUAAUGUGACAUUGCAAUAUUGAAGUAGUGCAUGCACUUUACAACCAAACACUUGGGAGUUUGAUAAACAUUAUAACUACAAUGUUACUUGCAAAUACAUAUUAAGUAUUCUGGAUAGCAGAACAGUGAAUGAACAGAAUAACACAUGAUUUUAAAUUUAUAUUUCAUAUUAACUGUCUAAGAUAUGACACUUGGUGUAUUUUGAAAAGAUCUGUCUAUCGAUAUCUAUCCAAACUUUGUGCAUACCCUGUAAACAAAGGUGUUCUUAAAAACCUGAAAGCUUGCUAGAGGCUUGUCAGACAAAGCAACAAGUAAUUUAAAUAUAAACCAAAAACCUAAGUUUUGCAAUUCUUUUAUUCCACAUUCUUAUAUCCAUAUGUAACAUUCAAGAGUGUGAAUGAACUAGUAAACUAGUUGCUGUUUCAUGAAGCUAAUCGCGAAGUCAUGCACAACUUUAUGCAUGACAUAGGUAUAUAUCAUUAAGCGCAAGAAUACGUUGCCUGUCAUGUGCAAAGCACUGGUUUAAUUUCAACCAGCAUACGUAUUGUUCAGGUGGAUGAACCAUUGCGUCAUCGCCCAAAUAUCUUGAAUAUCAAGAUGUUGUGUAUUUACAUUAUGGUGUAAAGUUUUGCUUAACUUACAAACAACUUCAUGAAACACUCCCAGGUCUAUUGUAUUAUUUUUAGAUCUUAGAUUGAACAACAACAUUGACUUAAGUAAUGAUGUGUAUGUGUGCUUGAUCCUUGAUUGAAUUUCUAAAGCAUGCAUGUGCUAAACUAAACAUGAUGUUUGACACAUGAUCCUUUCUCAGAAAAUAUGAUGCUAGAAAUAAAUUACAAAAAUAUGCAUGCAUAAUUUUAUACAUCAAUACAUAAACUAAGCACACAUCUGUAAUAAACCUGUAAUUAACUCUAUCAUCUUAAUUAUAUAUAUACAGUGUAUGCAAAAAGAAACCUUGCAAAUUUCCAAGAAAAAAAAGGCAAAACAAUUAAUCGUGGUAUAUGAUCAAUGCUUUCGUCUGUGUGCAACUUGUGAAACAAACCCUUGUUUAUUGGAAAGCAGUGACCAAUACGGCCCUAAGUUUUUUUUUCUUUUAAUGACUUGGACCAAUAAGUGAAAAUAAAUUUCACUCCCAUUCUCAACGGAAAAGACCUAUUUUCUUAAGUAUAUAUAAAUAUUAAAUUUAAAUUUGAUUGCAUUUUUGACCUGGUGGUGUAACUUUCCUUCUUACAUGUAUAAACAGUAAUCUUCCUUUCGAAAAUAAUGAUAAUAAACUGAUACUUAUGAAGCACAUCAUCAGUUAAAACUUCGUAGAUGUGCUUUACAGACAGCUUUCCAAUUUUACGGCACUACAACAAAAAAGAAAUAUUUAGAUUUCUCUUAAUUGAAUGUAAUGAUGCAGUUGCACUGGAACGUAGACGUGCUGACACCUUUAUUCCACAUCUUGCAGCCAUAAAAAUCAAUGCUAUCCUUCACUCUUGCAACAUGUAAGAUUAAAGUGUCUUUAGUCAAGUAAAUUAAAGUCUGUAUUGUGGCUGGUGUGGUUGGUUCAGUGAAUUAAGGUAUUCGGUUGUCAGUUGCUGUAUACACUCCCAAACAAAUCAAUGCAACGUCGUAAGAUAUUCCUUUUGUCAACAAAAGCAACUCCUCCAACACUGGAGUUCCCCUAUCUUGUUUAGCAUUUAAAUAUUGAUGUCUUGAAUCCAUUUCAAAGCUUGUUUUCCUUUUGAAGGAAAUGCUUGAUAAUGUAAUUUAAGAUAUUUAGAGCGUGCAAUGAAAUUGCCUUUAUGUGUAAAUGGCAAACCAACAGUCCCAAGUACAAGGACAUAAAGUAUAUUUUGAAAUUAUGUGAAUAAAAUGUGAUCCAGAACAGUGGAAAUAUUUCUUGCCAAAUUUCUUUGUAAUAAAAUUGGUUGAAAAUGC